AUGUUCAACUCCCUUCUUCUGGCCGGCGCCCUCGCGGGCUCCUUGGCCUCUGCCUUCCCUUCUUCGGGUCUGAACUCCCCUUUCGAGUCCAACCUGUACCCUCGCGCAGCGUGCAGUGGGAACACAGCUACCACACGCACUGAGUGGUGCGACUACUCCGUCGACACCGACUACAUGAACGAGGUCCCCGACACGGGUGUCACUCGCGAGUACUGGCUCGAGCUCACCGACGUCACGGUUGCUCCCGAUGGCGUAUCACGCUCUGCCAUGGCCGUCAACGGUUCCAUCCCUGGCCCGACCCUGUUCGCCGACUGGGGUGACAACGUUAUCGUUCACGUCACCAACUCUCUUACAACCUCCAACAACGGCACGAGUAUUCACUUCCACGGUAUCCGCCAGAACUACACCAACGAGGCGGACGGUGUGAGCUCCAUCACUCAGUGCCCUCUUGCUCCCAACAACACCCAGACCUACAAGUGGAGAGCGACCCAGUACGGUUCGACUUGGUACCACUCCCACUUCGCUCUUCAGGCGUGGCAGGGUAUCUUCGGCGGCAUCAUCAUCAACGGUCCCGCUACCUACAACUACGAUGAGGAUCUUGGCAUGGUCUUCUUGAACGACUGGGACCACCAGACCGUCGAUGAACUCUACUCCACUGCCGAGACCAGCGGUCCCCCGACUCUCGACAACGGUCUCAUCAACGGCACCAACGUUUACGGUGACGAUGGCUCCACUUCUCAGACCGGCACCCGCUUCAACCUUACCUGGGUUUCCGACACCACCUACCGCAUGAGACUGGUCAACGCUGCCGUUGACACUCACUGGAAGUUCUCCAUCGACAACCACACCAUGACCGUCAUCGCUGCCGACCUUGUCCCCAUCGAGCCCUACACCACCACCGUCCUCGACAUGGGCAUGGGCCAGCGCUACGACAUCAUCGUCAAGGCCGACCAAGCCAGCACGGCCGACAACUUCUGGAUCCGCGCCAUCCCCCAGGCCGCCUGCUCCGACAACGACAGCACCGACAACAUCAAGGGCAUCAUCGCUUACACGAGCACCAUGUCCACCCCCACCACCUCCGCCUACGACUACACUGACAGCUGCGACGAUGAGACCGACAACAUCGUUCCUUACCUGAAGAAGUCCGUCUCCAGCGCCAACUGGAGCGACCUCGAGACCGCCAGUGUCAGCAAGAACACCGCCGGCCUCUUCAAGUGGUACCUCAACAGCACCAGCAUGCUCGUCGACUGGGCCGACCCCACCCUUCUCCAAAUCGUCAACGGCACCACCAGCUGGGAGACCGACGACGCCGUCAUCGAGCUCAGCGAGGCCAACCAGUGGGUGUACUUCGUCAUCGAGACCACCCUGGCCGUCCCUCACCCCAUCCAUCUCCACGGCCACGACUUCUUCAUCCUCGCCCAAGGCUCCGGCACCUACUCCAGCUCCGUCACCCUCAACACCACCAAUCCCCCGAGAAGAGACACUGCCAUGCUUCCUUCUUCCGGAUACCUCGUCAUGGCUUUCGAGACCGACAACCCGGGUGCCUGGCUCAUGCACUGCCACAUCGGCUGGCACACUUCCGAGGGUUUCUCCAUGCAGUUCAUCGAGCGCUACGACGAGAUCUCCGCGCUCACCAACUCCACCACUGUCAGCAACAUUUGCACCGAGUGGUCUACCUUCCAGGAGGAGUACUCUAUUGAGCAGGAGGAUUCCGGUGUUUAA